AUGGAUGAUGACAGCCAGGAUGAACUGAUAAACAAGAAUGCUGCACUAGGCAAGAGCAAAAGACAGAGUCUUGCGCUCCUCAGUGAAACAGAAAGCAAUGGUGGAAAUAGUGGUGUUUCAGAAGAUGAUACUGGAAGUGAGGAAGAAGAUGAUGACACUGAGGAAGAGGGAGGCGAGGAGGACAAGGAAGAAAGUGAAGAUGAAGAAUUAGAAGAUUGUGAAGAUGAUAAUGAUGAUGAAGAGGAAGAGGAGGAAGAAACUGAGGCCAGUGGAGCGGGAAUGACCGAUUCUCCGAAAGUAGACCCACACAUAAAUGGAGCAAGCGUUUCCUCUGAUGAGGAUGGUGAACACUGCCCCAUUUGCCUCAACACGUUUAGGGAUCAGGUUGUUGGGACUCCUGAGAACUGUUCCCAUUACUUCUGCUUGGACUGUAUCGUGGAGUGGUCUAAGAAUGCAAACUCCUGUCCAGUGGAUCGAAUCCUCUUUAGGAACAUUAACAUUCGGGCACAUUUUGGUGGUGAAAUCUUAAGAAAGAUUCCUGUUGAGAACACGAUUUUUCAGGGUAAUUAUGGAGAGGAUGACCCAACCUUCUGUGAGGUGUGUGGCAGAAGUGACCGUGAAGACCGCCUGCUGCUGUGUGAUGGCUGUGAUGCAGGGUAUCACAUGGAAUGCCUUAAUCCACCUCUGAGUGAAAUUCCUGUAGAUGAAUGGUUCUGCCCAGCCUGCGCCCCCAUGGGUGUCAGUGCUGCUGCAGACACAGAUCAUGUCAGUGAUGAAGAGGUUGCUGCCAUCAUGGCUGAUGUUACUCCUACCACCAGCAGGCUACGCCCUCACGCCCGAACCCGAGCUAUCGCCAGAACUCGGCAGAGCGAACGAGUUAGGGCAACAGUGAACAGAAACCGGAUAACAACAGCCCAACAGAUUCAGCACGUGCCAGCGUACCUCAUGCCCUCUCUUCUGGAUGAAACAAUUGAGGCAGUUAUUUCAGGCAUAAACACAGCCAUCUAUGAGCGUCCUGUAACACCACUGGCUCCUACUAGGCAGAAAAGAAAAACAGGUAGGAGGAAGAAAGUAAGAGGCAAAAAAAGAACUCAGACAAAAUCUUCUGCUGGGAAGAAGAGUUCAGGGACACAGCUGAAGAGACGCAAGAGUCUGAUAAAGAAGAGAAGGGGGAAAAAGAUGAGAGUAAGAUCACGUAUGAAAAAUGAGGUUACUACUCGCUCCCGUAUCGCAAGAACUCUUGGUCUUAGCAAACCUGUGCGUGGGGCCUCGCUUCCUUCCAUGUCCAAACCAGCGGAGCCCUCACUUGGCCUGAUGAGAGCAGAUAUCGGUGCAGCUUCUCUGUCUGUCUUUGGAGAUCCGUACGAGCUGGAUCCUUAUGAAAGUAAUGAAGAGGUUCCAGCAAAUCCAGAUUCACCAGUGAGUGCCAAAAGGAGAGUUCUCUCCCAGUCAGCACUGAGGUCUCACCGUCCUGUAGCUAGACCUAUUUCUGUGGGACUUCCCAGAAGCAGUGUCCCUGCUGCGAGUCCUGAACAAGAAGCAGAAGCUGCCCCUGUGCCUGAUCUGUUGGGAAGUAUCCUGUCUGGACAGAGCUUUCUUAUGAUGAGUAGUUCGGAUGUGGUCAUCAACAGAGAUGGUUCGCUGACGGCGAAGAAGGCAGCUCCACUUCAUAAAAAAUCAGCGAAUGACUCGAGAACAGAUGAUAGUUCAGGACAUAACACCCAACCAAGUACAGUGCACUCAGGGACCACAGCAAGCAGCUCCACUCCUGGACCUUCAGUUUCCUUGGGGCUGAGUACUCAGAUCAGACCCUCCUCCUCCUCCUCAAGCUUGUUUUCACCCUUACUGAGCAGGAUCGAGCCUGCAGCAAACCCAGCGCAGACUACGUCAGAAAAAGCAACUGUAAAAUCGGAAUAUUCAAUGACGCCCAGAUCUGUUCAGACUCAGAACAUAGCUGCUCUGAGCAGACAUGGCUCCAGGUUAGAUGAAAUGCCCAGAUGUAAUGGAAAUUCUAAAAACUUUGCAGCUACUGACUCAUCAUCUUCAAAGCCCCUGAGCUGUAAUUUGAAUUCUGCCUCAAAAGCUCUAACUGUGAGGCAGCCAUUAAAACCACCUUCCAAGAGAAUUGACAUCUUUGAGCUUCCCAGGAUACCAAAGAUUAAAAAGGAAACCAGCAGCAAGCAGGUGGAGCCAGAACCUGCAGGAAGCCAAAGCUGUGACAUCCCCAGCUCCUGUAUAAUCCAGCUGACUGGCAAAGAGAGCACUAAUCAGCCAGGAAAGGGUGGCAAGGUGGAAAGUCAGAAGUCAACUGCCAAGGAAUCUCAGCAACAAACACGUACAAGUGGCAUGUCUUUUUCUGCCAAUACAGGUGUGCACGGCAGUUCAUUGCUACUGGGCACUUCAAGGAGCAAAGUCCCAAGCUCUUUUGAGAGUUUUAAAAUCAAUAUUCCUGGAAACGCAGGGCAUCCCAGCAGACUUUCUAACCCAGGAUUCUGUAACACCUUCCGCCCUGUGGAUGACAAAGUGCAACAGAAAGAGAAUCCUUUGCCUCUUUUCUCAGUUAAGAAAAAGCAGGUCAAAAGUGAGAUAUAUGAUCCCUUUGAGCCAACAGGAUCGGACUCGAGUUCAGCAAGCAGCAGUCCUGAAAGGCUUGGCUCAGGGAUUCCACUAACUAAUAUUACCAGAACUAUUUCCAUUGAAAAUCCCAAAGUUCAAACGUUUCAAAGUGUCCGUCGUUUCACCCCUUACAUGGUAGAAAAUGUAUUUGGAUCUGGGGCUGACUUUGAUGUACCAUCCAGUAACACAGAGUCUCAUGAUGACGUGACAGUAGAAAGCAGGAUUGUAGAACCGAUCUCUGAUACAGAGGAGCGGGACAAUAUGGAUGAGGAAGACUUUCUAAGCAGUCCUUGCACUUCAUCUGCUAUUAAGCAAAUUUCUAAUGCAGAGUGUUUAAAAGAGGAAAGGAGAGAUGGUCCUAAUGUGUUCUUUAAUGCUGAAGAAUUGAUUAGACCUAAUAUGAAUGUGAAAGUAGAACCAGAUAGUCCCUCAAAGAAUGAUGGGCACCAGAAUGUCCAAAAGGUAGAACAGAUAGAGAGGCGAUCACGUUCCAGAUCCUGUUCAAAUUCCAGCUCCCGAAGCAAGAAGAAGUUAAAAAGGAAAAAGGCACUUGUCAAAGACCAUAGGAGAUCCCGAUCAGGGUCUAGGGACAGGACACACUCAAGGGACCGAAGCUCCAGAUCUGCCUCUUGGUCAGGUGGAGAAGAGCGUAGCAAAACACAGACACCAAAAACCAAGAGCAGGAGGUCUUCUACUGACCGUUCUAGCAGUCAUGAACGAUCUAAGAAAAAGAAAAUGAAGGAUAAAACCAAGGAUAAAAAGGCAAAAACUUCUUGGUCUAGGGAGAGAAGGAAAUCUAGGUCACGUUCAGGUAGUCCUGGAAGUACUUCUGAGUUUCAUGAAAAUAGGAAAAAGAAAAGACGGUCUCGAUCAAGAUCAAGACGGAGGGAACGUUCCCGAUCGAACAGCAUCGAGAGGACUAAAAGGCGGAAACACAAAAGAGACAAAAGCUACGAGAGGUAUGAUAAAGAUAGUAGCUUGAGGUCAAGGGACAGAAAAAGAUCAAGAUCCAGGUCUCGGGAGAGGAGAAAAUGGAGGUCUCGGUCUCGGUCUACAUCUCGAUCUCGGGAGCACAAAAGCAGCAAAUCAAAGGAAAAAAGACCACGAUCAAGGUCACGUUCCAAAGAAAGAAAACACAAAUCAAAAGAGACAUCGCUUCCUCCUCCACCAGAAAAGGAUCAAAAGCCUCCAGCUGAAAAUGUGUCCAGGUGUCUGGAGCAACCCCAUUCCUUCAAACAAGAGCCAAAGGAGGAACUAGUACUAGAAGAGCUUUCCAUAACCAUCCAACCAAAUGUCAAACUUGAGGAAGUACAAGCUGAGACCCCAGUUCAACUGAGAGAGGUCCAAGAAAUUAUAAAGGUGGAGCCCAUCUGUAAGGAAGUGACCAAUGAAACUGCAUUCCCUGUGCCAGAGAUCACAAACAUUUGUGUUCCAGUCAGCAAUGUGGAUUCUUUUGCUGAAACAGAAUUAAUGAGCAGUGAUCCAGCAGUACUUGGUAGCUGUAACAAUACAAACCUUGAGAUUACAGUUAAAAUAGAAAAUACUGCAUUGUGUCCAUCUCUGAUGGAACCACCCCCAAAGAAGGAAGUUAUCAUACAUGCUCCAACUGAGGCUGCACCAUUUCAAAGCCUGUCCAAAAGCAAAAUAACAGAUUGUGUGAGAGAGCUUAAAGAUGAGUGCCUUGUGUCAAAUGAGAAAACUGGUAAUUUCAGUAAGCCUGAGCUGGAGGUGGUACCUCAGGGUCCUGCAUUGAAAUCAAAAGCACCAGUGAAAAGAGUUACCUGGAAUCUUCAAGAGGAAGAAAGCGGCACAUUGUCUGCUGGAAAAGCUCCAAGGAUGCCAUUUUACAAACUUCAGCGAGCAAAAGAAGGGGCCUGGAAAGCAGAGGACUUGAACCAAACAUUAAAUCAGGUGCAGUUAAAUGAGCCUCCUCCAACCAAUUAUAUGAUUCCUGAGCCUAUGUUUCCUGAUCUAGAUUCCUCUCAGGUGUACUGUCAAAAUACACCUUUGACACCACCUCUGCCCUCCAGCCUUCCCCCCUACGCCCCUGUCAGCCAGCCCACAGUUCAGUUUAUCAUGCAAGGCAGUCUUCCAGCGCUUGUCUGCAUGGCAGGACAGAGCCUGACUCCAGAGCCGGGCAGCCUGGCAACUGCAUCUGAACCAGGAAUCCAAGCUGCUUCUGUUGGAAACUCAGAAGAAAAUAUCGAAGCACCCAAACCUCCAGUGGAUAAAAUAAAAAACGAGGAAUAUAUGAAGAAGCUUCAUAUGCAGGAAAGGGCUGUGGAAGAAGUGAAACUUGCUAUUAAACCCUUUUACCAAAAGAGGGAGAUUACAAAGGAGGAGUACAAGAGCAUUCUUCGAAAAGCAGUGCAGAAGAUCUGCCACAGCAAAAGUGGAGAGAUCAACCCUAUGAAGGUGGCUAAUCUGGUGAAGGCAUAUGUGGAAAAAUACAAACAUAUGAGGAAACAUAAGAAAUCUGAUGGUGAAGAUACACAUGAAGUGGAAAACUGA